CUCUCCUUCCCUCCAACCCACCACAAAAGUAGUACAAGGAAGAUAUUCAUCAUCAGAAGGUAAAAGUCUAGAUUGAAAGAACUUAAGCAAAGAUGGCUGAUCAAUGCGAAGGUAAGGAUUCAUGGCCCGAACUGUUGGGAGCUCAGGGGACAGUUGCAAAGGAAACAAUUGAGAGCGAAAACUCUUUAGUCAAGGCAGAGAUCGUGCUAGAAGGAACAAUUGUCCCUAUUAAUAUCCGGAGACAGUGUGAUAGGGUUCGUGUUUGGGUCGAUACAGAUGGCAUUGUUACCAGGGUCCCUGUCAUUGGGUGAUUGAUCGAUCGUUGAUAAUAAUGGUUACUAGCUAGCUAGCUAGUCUCUUUCAAACAUGUGAUGAAAACCAUAUGA